AUGUAUUCAAGUGACACAAUUCGAUCGUUACCUGGAGCCAGUGGAGGCCGAGUGCUAAAAAUGGUCACCGAAAUGGGCUCAGCAUCCAUUGGCGGUAUUAGUCCAGCUUUGAGUGCGAAUGCCGCAAAAUCAUUCCUUGAAGCAACUGAUAAAGAAAAAAAAGAGAUGCAAGGAUUGAAUGACCGGCUUGGAAAUUACAUUGAUCGAGUAAAGAAACUCGAGGAACAGAACAGGAAAUUGGUUGCUGAUCUUGAGGAGCUGCGUGGUCGAUGGGGAAAAGAUACCAGUGAAAUUAAGAUACAGUACUCUGACUCGUUGCGUGAUGCUCGGAAGGAGAUUGAUGAUGGUGCAAGACGGAAGGCUGAAAUUGAUGUCAAAGUAGCACGGCUUCGAGAUGACCUCGCAGAAAUUCGCAGCCGCUACGAAGAUGUACAACAUCGUCGUGAAAAUGAUCGCGAAAAGAUUAACCAAUGGAAGCAUGCAAUUGAUGAUGCGCAAAGUGAACUAGAAAUGCUUCGAGCUCGUUGGCGUCAACUGACAGAUGAGGAGAAGCGGUUGAAUGGAGAUAAUGCUCGCAUCUGGGAAGAACUUCAGAAAGCGCGUAAUGAUUUGGAUGAAGAAACCUUGGGACGAAUCGAUUUUCAAAAUCAAGUACAAACGUUAAUGGAAGAAUUAGAAUUCUUGAGACGCGUACAUGAGCAGGAGGUCAAAGAACUUCAAGCUCUAUUGGCUCAAGCUCCAGCUGAUACUCGUGAAUUCUUUAAGAACGAGCUGGCUUUAGCUAUUCGUGAUAUCAAGGAUGAAUAUGAUUACAUUGCUAAACAAGGAAAGCAAGACAUGGAAAGCUGGUAUAAACUGAAGGUAUCAGAGGUGCAAGGCACUGCAAAUCGUGCCAACAUUGAAGCGAAUUAUCAGCGCGAAGAGGUGAAACGCAUGCGCGAUAACAUUGGUGACCUUCGUGGUAAACUCGGUGACCUUGAAGCUAAAAAUGCUCUGCUUGAAAAAGAAGUGCAGAGUUUAAAUAAUCAGCUCAAUGAUGAUCAGAGACAAUACGAAGCAGCCUUAAACGACCGGGAUGCGACUCUGCGUCGUAUGCGUGAGGAAUGCCAAACACUGGUGGCUGAAUUGCAAGCACUGCUUGAUACAAAACAAAUGUUAGAUGCUGAAAUUGCAAUUUAUCGAAAGAUGCUGGAGGGUGAGGAAAGCCGUGUUGGCCUUCGUCAAAUGGUUGAACAAGUGGUGAAAACACAUUCACUACAGCAACAAGAAGAUACGGAUUCGACGCGUAACGUACGCGGUGAAGUUUCUACUAAAACAACAUUCCAACGCUCAGCUAAAGGCAAUGUUACCAUUGCAGAAUGUGAUCCGAACGGAAAAUUCAUCAUGCUCGAGAAUAGUCAUAGAAGCAAGGAUGAAAAUCUUGGUGAGCAUAAACUUCGAAGAAAACUUGACAAUCGACGAGAAAUUGUUUAUACCAUUCCACCGAAUACAGUUUUAAAAGCUGGACGUACAAUGAAGAUCUGGGCGCGUGAUCAAGGAGGCUUGCAUAAUCCACCGGAAUCUUUGGUAUACGAUGGCGAAAAUACUUGGGGUAUUGGUGCCAAUGUCGUAACAACUCUGAUCAACAAAGAUGGUGACGAACGCGCAACACAUACACAGAAGACGAUACAGACGGGACAAUAA